AUGACAAAUACGCGAAUAAUUCAGAUUUGGUGCUGGUGGUUACUAGGUCUUAUUCAAAGCAUUGAUUCAAAUAGUUCACAAGCUCAAUUCACGUCUUUCUGUAAUCAAUCGCUCAAUUUACCAUCGCUAUCACCAUCAAUUGUAUAUCAACCUUCUUUGUAUUCGUCAUGUUGCAAUAUAACAUUGGUUAAAUCGUUAUCGUUGUCAAAUUCAUCUGAACAAAUAACAGUAAAUAUUCUGAACAUGUCACAAAUGCAUCCAUCGUUUCAAAUAUAUAACGAACAAAGAGAGCUGAUAAAAUUUUUCAAUUAUUUAUCAUCUAACCGCACAUAUCUUAAAUCAGACAUAAUAAAUUUACCAAUUACUUUUAGUUUAUGUCAAUUUGAUAUACAACCGUUUGAGAUAUUAAUAGCAAAUAUAUCAAAAGGUCCAUGUAGAUCAAAUCAAUAUCUUUGUGUAACAACAAAUCAAGAUAAAUGGUGCAUCGACGAAACAUAUCACUGUGACGGCUAUCACUCAUGUCCGCAAGGGAUGGACGAAUAUGGAUGUAAAAAAUCCAAUGGAAAAUUACCAUCGCAAAAUAAAACUAGAACUAUUCGUGGUGGUAUUGUAACCACAAUCAUUGUGUUCGGAUUAUUGCUUAUUAUUGUUUCCGUUGUUAUUGCUGUUGCUUUUGUUUAUUUUCAACGAAAACGUCAAAGACGAAGACAAUUUACUUAUUCACUUGAAUCGGCUAGUGAUGAUUGGGAAUCAUCUAGUACGCGCUAUCAUCUAUUUGAUAAUUGGACUAAUAAUCGUCGUCAUGCUGAAAAUAAUAUGGAUACUCUUAUUAUUGAUGCCAAUGAACAUAUGCCUAUUGCAACAAAUAUGACAAUUCGGUGA